CAUUUUGUUUUCUUUCCAGGUCUACAAGAAUGAAGUUGUUAGUUUUGCUCUUUCUUGUUGGUUGCGCAAUCGCAUCACCCAUCUAUGACAUCCAUGAUGUUUUGGAAGAUGCUGCCGAUGAAGUCUACCAUGAUUUCAUGACUAGCCUAGAUGAUGCAGGAGCACAAGUCUUCGCUGAUGAAAAUGAUAUCAAGACUGAAGUUGGCCAAAAACUUAAAGAUGCUCUAUCAAAGGUUUUGGAAAGAAUUAAGGAUGCUGUCGAUCAAGGCAAAGUUGUCGGAGAAGACCUCCAAAACAAAUUGAAAGAGCUCAAAGAAAAAUUGAAAGAGAUGAAAAUCGACAUGGGUGAUAAAGCCAGAGAAUUAAUGGACAAGCUCAGAGAGAAGACUAGAGACUUCAUUAAGGAUCUGUUAGAUAAACUGGGAGUCAAAGGUAGCAGUAAAAGAUCUGUUCAACACGCAGAGAUUCAACAGAUUGAAAUCAACCUCAAGGAUCUUUUCAGAAAGCUGAAGAAAGAGCUUUUGAAGGGAAUUGACAAAGAGGCUUUGAAGGCCAAGAUUGAGAAAAUUUUUGGAAAAGGAAGUGAAAUGACCAAUGCUUUGGAAGAGCUCAUUAACAAAAAAGGAGCAGAAUACAAACAGAAAUUGUUGGACUUGAUUGACCGAUUCUUGGGAAAAGAAGAGCAAUUUGCUGAGCAACACUCCCUCGGAGAGUACUGGCAAAAGAUCAAGGAUUACUUCAAGGAUCUUAAAAUUGACCUCCAAGAAAAGUACCUGAAGUUCGGAGAAUGGGUAAAGAAAUUCGCCAAAGAAACUCUUGACAAAGGAAAGGGCAAAAUGGACAACAUCAAGCAAAUCGCCAAUGAAUUCCUUAAGCACACCAAGGACGUCAGCAAAGAAGUUGCUGUUGAAGCUUUGGAGUUCUUGAGACCCUACAAGGAGGAUUUGGGCAGCUUGUACGAUCAAGUUAAGGAGACAGUCAAGGAUAUCCUCAAGAGAAAAGAUUAAUUGCAACAGCAUGCUGUACUUAGUAGAAUUUUAGAAAUAAAUUUUCUUUUCUUUUUUUC